CACUGCAACAACACAACAGUGCAGAUCAGCAUGAUUAUGCCUGCACCACUGACCAGCAACAGCUUAAAAGUCAACAGCAUCAGGUCUACAAACAAGGCCUCAAACUCAUUGCGCAAAACUGAAACAUGAGGUUAUCUUCACAGAAUGAAUUUAAGUGAUCUUCUCUAUCCAAAUAAUCCAAAGAGGCGCCAGGAUGUCAUUGACCUGCACCAGCAGCUGCUCACUUGUAUGCAGCUCAAUUGUAAGGCAACCAAUGAUCUGAUUGGCGCACUGAACGCACACCUGGGGGCCAGAAUUACUCACAUUAAAAUGAAAGAAAGAGGCUCCAUCAAAGAAAACUGUGACAUUAUUAUACAAGCCAUGAAUGAUAUUCAGCAAAAGUUGGGGAAUUUUGACAAAGAAAUGAAGGAAAAGCUAGCACCGGGAAUAUAUCAAAAACUUUAUGAUAUUAAACAGCCUGAAUUGGAAAAAAUUGCCACAGCUCAUAAGAUUGUUUCAAUUGUUCUUGGAGAGGCCACUGCUAGUGCAGGUGCAAUAGUUGUAAAAUUAAUAGGCUCAAACCUUAUAAAGGUUACUGUUAACAAACUAGUUGCGCUGCUCGCUCAGAUUGGGGUGUCUGUUCUUGGAGGAAUGGGCAUUAGUGUUCUGGGGCUUGGCAUUGAAAUAAUUCUGCGUGCCAUCUUGGGAGCAGUGGAAAGAGAUCACCUUCUGGCAUGUAUUCAGAGCUAUGAGCAACAUCUGGCUGAAUUUAAGGAAGCUUCAGAGACAUAUCAAUGGGCCAUCAAUGAAGUGAGUGCACUGGUGAAAGACAAAGCUGAGUAAGUGGCACUAAGGCAUGUUCUUGUCUAUGGAUGACUACACUGGAAAGCCUGACCUUUCCUGUUCCAGUUAUAAUUAAUACGUCUCUACAAAGCGUUGGUGGAUAUUGUUGGGAUUUUGCAAGUGUCUGUCACAACUCAGUUAUAAAAGGGUUAACUGUUUGUAUGUAAACAAGUUGCUGAA